UAUAACACGUGGAGAUAAUAAUAUCCACUCUGUCGUGGCGACUGAAAACAGCCAUGGCGGGGCUCCUCAUCUCCAACCCAUCCUCAUUCACUCUCCCUCUACCCUCCCCACCACCAACACAACAGCCUUCAAUCAAACCUCCACACUCGGUCUUCUUCCCGGUGGUUCGAUUUUCCGGCGACCCAAUAUGCCGGAAAACCAGAGGAAGAGGACUAACAGUGGUGACACGUGCAGGUCCCGGCACCUCCAGCUACAUAUUCGCAUUUGUUUUGCCUUUAUCUCUCUUAGCUAUCACUGUGUUUACCUCCAUUAGAAUCGCUGACAAGCUCGACGAAGAUUUUCUCGAGGAGGUUGCAAUUAACCAAGCAAUCAUGGAAGAAGAUGAGGAGGCAAACGAUAUUGACCUGCCUUUAGAAGAACAACCGACCCGUUCUCGUGCUCGAAACCGGCCCAAAAGGGAAAUUUAGACUCUCUUAUUUUGUUUUUGCAUAUGUUAGAUUUAGAUUAAGGAGCACAAUGGAGGAAAAAUGAAAAAGAAAAAAAAAAUUAUAUAGAAGAAGGAAGAAGAAAAGUAUUCGAAGGUCACCUGUAGUUCCCGGUUGGCUUUCUAUUUUGUAAUGACAAAUUUGGUAAUAAUUUGAAAUGCAUAUCUAUUGAGCUUCUUUUAAA